UUUUGCUUGAGAGAAAAAAGAUCUUUCAUACACGUGUUUUUAAGAAAAUGCAUCAAUCGAAUAUGCUUAUGCUGUGCUUGUUUGUUGUUUUCGGAUUGUCAAUCAAUGUUUGUUUGCUUGAAGAACCAUGCUACAAUAGAUGUGGAUGCGAUUUUAGUGUAAUAAAAAAGCUGAUUAAAUUGGAGGAAGAAGUCGAAACUAUUAAAGAUGCUCUUAAAGUAUGCUGUCUAUUUACAGAAGUCACAGGCAGUGCAAAUUGCAAGAAUGUAGCAUUCAGAGCUCAGUUGACGCAGGAUCUGGGAUCUGUCACUCUUGGACAAAAGAUUAUUUACGACAGCGUUGAGCUGAAUCUUGGCAACGCAUUUCAUCCUUUCCACGGCGUAUUCACCGCUCCUUGUGACGGGAUAUACCUGUUUUCUAUCACCAUUGGGAACAGUAAUAGAUCUGGAGUUAUUCACCUGAAGAAAAAUAACGUUACAAUCGAGUAUGCCUGGGCUGGACACAAUGCAGGUUGGGACAUGGGAGGGGUCACAACCGUGGUAAAACUGAAUGCUGGAGAUGAUGUGUGGGUAGAAGGAAGAGGAAUUAUCGCUGGAGCCAACAGUUUUGAUGGAAUUGGUGCACGUAAACACACCGCUUUCUCCGGAACAUUGCUGCACGCCCUCUGACGCUCUAGAAAUUUGGAAAUAUACAAAUCACAUAUAGUUUUAAGUGAAAACAGUGGACUUAAAAUUCAUUUUGUUUAAAAAAAGUAUAAAAUAGCCACAUAUUAGCUUCUAUACCUAUGUUAUGUACCUGAUAAUGACGAUCUAGAAAUGGACUAUUAUAAGUGAUGCCAUUAAAAAACUGCAUAAAAUACAUAUUUUGCUAUCUAAUGUUUCGUACUUACAAGUUUUUGUUAAAAAGAUGAAGUGGUUAGUGAAACAGGUAUCAUUUCUUAACCACCAGAUGCAAAAAUAUAUUGAGAUUUUAUAUGCCCACCACUAUCACACAAUGGAAAGUAACUACUAUAUAUUAACUCCUUCUACCCUAUAAUAUCAUACUUGUUCCUUUUCAAAUAAAUAAAAUGUUUUUAGAAUUA